CCGUGGCCAGCGACGGUCGCGCUAACUUCGUGGUUCCUGUUUCGUUGUGCUUUAUCAGUGUGGAAAGUUAAUUCAAUUAACAAUGAAAGCGGCAGUAGCGACGAUCGCGGUGCUCCUGCUGUGCCUGGUGGCGCUCGAAGCGAAGCGGCUGUUCAUCAAUCCGUACCCACGGUUUAAGGCGGCUCACCCGCACGAUGGUGACGACGACGUUGGAGAGCCCCUCUUUCUGACGCCUUUCAUCGCCAACAUGUCGCUCGAGUCGGGGCGUGCCGCGGCCCGUGUCAACCAUGCCGCCAUUCCGGCCGACAUUGAGAGCUACUCGGGAUACCUGACGGUGGAUGCGGCCACCAAUGCCAAUCUGUUUUUCUGGUACUUUCCGGCCAAACUGGCACCCGAGUCGGCCCCGGUAGUGCUGUGGUUGCAGGGUGGCCCCGGCGCUUCGUCGCUGUACGGUCUGUUCACGGAGAAUGGACCGUUUUCGGUGAGCAGCAAGCUGAAGAUCGUGCCGCGCAAGUACAGCUGGCACCUGAACCACCAUCUCCUCUACAUCGAUAACCCCGCCGGCACAGGGUUCAGCUUCACCGAUAAGGACGAGGGUUACGCGCGGAACGAGACACAAGUCGGUGCCAAUCUGUAUGCAGCGCUGCAGCAGUUUUUUACCCUUUUCCCGAACCUGCAGCCGCUGCCGUUCUUCGUGACCGGCGAAUCGUACGGUGGCAAGUACGUGCCGGCCGCGGCCCACACGAUCCAUCAGCGCAAUGGCAAAGCGAAGCUGCACAUCAACCUCCAGGGCAUUGCCAUCGGAAACGGGCUGUGCGAUCCGUUCCACCAGCUCGUGUACGGUGACUAUCUGUACCAGUUGGGGCUGAUUGAUGCGAAUACCCGCGACCAGUUCCACCAGGCGGAAGCGAAGGGUCGCGAGUGCAUCUCGAAGAAGGACUUUAACUGCGCGUUCGACGUGUUCGAUGAACUGAUCAACGGUGAUCAGUAUCAAGGCGGGUCGCUGUUUAAAAACGCAUCCGGCUUCAGCACGUACUUCAACUAUCUGGAAACGGAACCGGACCCGAAGGAUGAUUUUAUGGGCAAGUUUCUGCAGCGACCGGCCACCCGGAAAGCCAUCCACGUGGGCAACAAUACAUUCCACGACCUGGAGGGGGAAAACAAGGUCGAAGAUCACCUGAAGCUGGACGUGAUGAACUCGGUCGUACCGUAUCUGGAGGAACUGCUCCAUGCGUACCGUGUCGUCAUCUACAACGGCCAGCUGGACAUCAUCGUGGCCUACCCGUUGACGAUGAACUACGUAACGAAAUUGAGUUUCCCGGGCCGCGACGAGUACCGGAAGGCGCCCAGGCACAUCUGGCGAGUUGACGGUGACAUUGCCGGGUACGCCAAAGAGGCUGGCAACUUGGCCGAGGUGCUGGUGCGAAACGCCGGUCAUAUGGUGCCCAAGGAUCAACCGAAAUGGGCGCUCGAUCUGUUGAUGCGUCUUACGCACGGUAAAAGUUUUGCCUGAAAACAAGACGACACCCCUUGUCCUCGGCCAUCCCAUCGGCGAGAGAGUGGAAAAUAAAGCACCCGA